AUGGGCGACGCGGAAAUGGAGUGUUUUGGCCCGGCGGCUGUUUUCCUCCGGAAGAGAGAACGAGAGCGGAUUGAAGCUCAGAACACGCCGUUUGAUGCUAAAACCGCGUACUUUGUGACCGAGCCUGCUGAGAUGUACCUAAAGGGGAAACUCAUCAAGAGGGAUGGCGGGAAAGCCACAGUGGAGACUCUCGACGGGAAGCAAACUCUCACUGUAAAAGACACUGAAAUCUUCCCCAUGAACCCUCCCAAGUAUGAUAAGAUCGAGGACAUGGCCAUGAUGACCCAUCUCAGUGAGCCGUCUGUGCUGUAUAACCUCAAAGAGCGUUACGCAGCGUGGAUGAUCUACACCUACUCCGGGUUGUUCUGCGUCACUGUGAAUCCCUAUAAGUGGCUCCCAGUGUAUGACUCAGUGGUUGUAUCAGGAUACAGAGGAAAGAAGAGGAUUGAGGCUCCACCCCACAUCUUCUCCAUCUCUGAUAACGCCUAUCAGUUCAUGCUCCAAGAUCGUGAAAAUCAGUCUAUCCUUAUUACUGGAGAAUCCGGUGCAGGAAAGACCGUCAACACCAAACGUGUCAUCCAGUACUUUGCGACAAUCGCAGUGGCUGGAGGAAAGAAAGCUGAACAGUCUUCUGGAAAAAUGCAGGGGUCACUGGAGGACCAAAUCAUUGCAGCCAACCCCCUGCUGGAGGCUUAUGGUAAUGCCAAAACUCUCAGGAAUGACAACUCAUCCCGUUUUGGUAAAUUCAUCAGAAUCCAUUUUGGAACCACAGGAAAAUUGGCCUCUGCAGAUAUCGAAACAUAUCUGCUGGAGAAGUCUCGAGUGACAUUCCAGCUGUCUGCUGAGAGGAGCUACCACAUCUUCUACCAGCUCAUGACGGGUCACAAACCUGAGGUCAUAGAGGCUCUGCUGAUCACCACAAAUCCAUAUGACUAUCAUAUGGUCAGUCAGGGUGAAAUCACUGUCAAGAGUAUCGAUGACGUUGAAGAAUUCAUUGCCACUGAUACUGCCAUCGACAUCCUGGGAUUCACUUUAGAAGAGAAAAAUGGUAUAUUCAAGCUGACUGGAGCUGUGAUGCAUCACGGAAACAUGAAAUUUAAGCAGAAGCAGCGUGAAGAGCAGGCUGAGCCAGACGGCAAUGAGGUGGCAGAUAAAAUCGCCUACCUCAUGGGCCUGAACUCUGCUGAUGUGCUCAAAGCUCUUUGCUACCCAAGAGUGAAGGUUGGGAACGAGUUUGUGACCAAAGGUCAAACUGUCAAUCAGGUCAACAAUUCCGUCAGUGCCCUCUGCAAGUCUGUCUAUGAGAAAAUGUUCUUGUGGAUGGUCGUCAGAAUCAAUGAGAUGCUGGACACCAAGCAGUCAAGAAGCUCUUUCAUCGGUGUCCUGGAUAUUGCUGGCUUUGAAAUCUUUGAUUACAACAGCUUGGAGCAGCUGUGCAUCAACUUCACCAAUGAAAAACUGCAACAGUUUUUCAACCACCACAUGUUUGUCCUGGAGCAAGAAGAGUACAAGAAAGAGGGAAUUGAAUGGGAGUUCAUUGACUUUGGUAUGGAUCUGGCCUCCUGCAUUGAGCUUAUUGAGAAGCCAAUGGGCAUCUUCUCCAUCCUUGAAGAGGAGUGCAUGUUCCCCAAGGCGUCAGACAUGACCUUCAAGAACAAACUGUACGACCAGCAUCUUGGUAAAAACAAAUCCUUUGAGAAACCAAAACCUGCCAAAGGUAAAGCUGAGGCCCACUUCUCUCUGGUGCACUAUGCUGGCACUGUUGAUUACAACAUCACUGGCUGGUUGGACAAGAACAAAGACCCCCUGAACGACUCCGUGGUUCAGCUCUAUCAGAAGUCUUCAGUCAAACUGCUGGCUCUACUCUACGCAUCACACGCUGCAACAGAGGCUGAAGGUAGUAAAAAAGCCGGCAAGAAGAAGGGUGGCUCCUUCCAGACUGUGUCUGCUUUGUUCAGGGAGAAUUUGGGCAAGCUGAUGACCAACUUGAGGAGCACACAUCCUCAUUUUGUGCGCUGUCUUAUUCCCAACGAGUCAAAGACUCCAGGUCUUAUGCAGAACUUCCUGGUCAUCCACCAGCUCAGGUGCAACGGUGUGCUGGAAGGAAUCAGGAUCUGCAGGAAAGGUUUCCCCAGCAGAAUCCAAUAUGGUGACUUCAAACAGAGAUACAAAGUUCUGAACGCCAGUGUCAUCCCUGAGGGUCAGUUUAUCGAUAACAAGAAGGCCUCAGAGAAACUGUUGGGCUCCAUUGAUGUCGACAGUACUCAGUACAAGUUUGGACACACAAAGGUUUUCUUCAAAGCUGGUCUUCUGGGAACUCUGGAGGAAAUGAGAGAUGAGAAACUGGCAGAGCUGGUCACAAUGACUCAGGCUCUCUGCAGAGCUUACCUCAUGAGGACAGAGUUUGUCAAGAUGAUGGAGCGCAGGGAGGCAAUUUAUGCUAUUCAGUACAACAUCCGCUCAUUCAUGAAUGUCAAAACCUGGCCAUGGAUGAAGGUGUACUUCAAGAUCAAGCCUCUGCUGAAGAGUGCAGAGACUGAGAAAGAGAUGGCCAACAUGAAAGAGAACUUUGAAAAGACCAAAGAGGAGCUAGCGAAGGCUCUGGCCAAGAAGAAGGAGCUGGAGGAGAAGAUGGUUUCACUGCUGCAGGAGAAGAAUGACCUGCAGCUACAAAUUCUGUCUGAAGGUGACACCCUAUCAGACGCUGAGGAAAGGUGUGAGGGGCUCAUUAAAUCCAAGAUCCAGCUUGAGGCCAAAGUCAAAGAGACGUCUGAGAGACUGGAGGAUGAGGAGGAAAUGAAUGCUGAGUUGACUGCAAAGAAGAGGAAGCUGGAGGACGAAUGCUCUGAGCUGAAGAAAGACAUUGACGACCUGGAGCUCACGCUGGCCAAGGUGGAAAAGGAGAAACAUGCCACAGAAAACAAGGUUAAAAACCUGGUGGAGGAAAUGACUUCUCAAGAUGAGACCAUUGUAAAGUUGUCUAAAGAGAAGAAAGCCCUCCAAGAGGCUCAACAGCAGACCCUGGAUGAUCUGCAGGCAGAGGAAGACAAAGUCAACACUCUGACGAAGGCUAAAGUGAAGCUGGAGCAGCAAGUGGACGAUCUCGAAGGUUCUCUGGAGCAAGAAAAGAAGCUUCGUAUGGACCUUGAACGAGCCAAAAGAAAGCUUGAGGGAGAUCUCAAGCUGGCCCAGGAAUCCUUAAUGGAUCUGGAGAAUGACAAGCAGCAGGCUGAUGAGAAAAUAAAGAAGAAGGACUUUGAGAUAAGCCAGCUCCUGGGUAAGAUUGAGGAUGAACAGUCUCUUGGGAUCCAGCUGCAGAAAAAGAUAAAGGAACAUCAGGCUCGUAUUGAGGAGCUGGAGGAGGAGAUCGAGGCUGAGAGAGCCGCUCGGGCCAAGGUGGAGAAACAGAGGUCUGAUCUCUCCAGGGAACUUGAAGAGAUCAGCGAGAGGCUGGAAGAAGCCGGAGGAGCGACUUCAGCUCAGAUCGAGAUGAACAAGAAGCGCGAGGCCGAGUUUCUGAAGCUGCGUCGUGAUCUCGAAGAGUCCACGCUGCACCACGAGGCCACGGCUGCUGCUCUGCGCAAGAAGCAGGCCGACAGCACGGCGGAACUGGGAGAGCAGAUCGAUAACCUCCAGAGGGUCAAACAGAAGCUGGAGAAAGAGAAAAGCGAAUUCAAGAUGGAGAUCGAUGACCUCAGCAGCAACAUGGAGACUGUUGCUAAAUCGAAGGGAAAUCUUGAAAAGCUCUGCAGGACAUUAGAAGAUCAACUGAGUGAGCUCAAGUCCAAGAAUGAUGAGAAUGUCCGUCAGCUCAAUGACCUGAGUUUACAGAAGGCAAGACUUCAAACUGAAAACGGUGAAACUGGGCGUCAGCUGGAGGAGAAAGAAUCUCUUGUUUCUCAGCUGACAAGAGGCAAGCAGGCUUUUACUCAGCAGAUCGAGGAGCUGAAGAGACACAUAGAGGAGGAAGUUAAGGCCAAGAACGCCCUGGCUCAUGCUGUGCAGUCAUCCCGUCAUGACUGCGACUUGCUCAGAGAGCAGUAUGAAGAGGAGCAGGAGGCCAAGGCGGAGCUGCAGCGAGGGAUGUCCAAGGCAAACAGCGAGGUGGCUCAGUGGAGAAGCAAAUACGAGACUGAUGCCAUUCAGCGCACUGAGGAGCUGGAGGAGGCCAAGAAAAAGCUCGCCCAGCGUCUUCAGGAUGCAGAGGAAUGCAUCGAGGCUGUGAAUGCUAAAUGUGCCUCUCUGGAAAAGACAAAACAGAGACUGCACGCUGAAGUGGAGGACCUGAUGAUUGAUGUGGAGAGAGCCAACGCUCUGGCUGCUAACCUCGACAAGAAGCAGAGGAACUUUGACAAGGUUCUUGCAGAGUGGAAGCAGAAGUAUGAGGAGAGCCAGGCCGAGCUGGAGGGAUCUCUGAAGGAGGCUCGGUCAAUGAGCACUGAGCUGUUUAAAAUGAAAAACUCAUAUGAAGAAACUCUGGAUCACCUGGAGACUCUGAAAAGGGAGAACAAGAACCUGCAACAGGAGAUCACAGACCUGAGUGAACAGCUUGGUGAGACCGGUAAGACGAUCCAUGAGCUUGACAAGGGAAAGAAAGCGGUCGAAUGUGAGAAAUCAGAGAUCCAAUCUGCUCUGGAGGAGGCAGAGGCUACCCUGGAGCAUGAGGAAUCCAAGAUCCUGCGUGUCCAGCUGGAGCUCACCCAAGUCAAGAGCGAAAUUGACAGGAAACUUGCUGAGAAGGACGAGGAGAUCGAGCAGAUCAAGAGGAACAGCCAGAGAGUGAUGGAGUCCAUGCAGAGCACGCUGGACGCUGAGAUCAGGAGCAGGAACGAUGCCAUGAGGGUCAAGAAGAAGAUGGAGGGAGACCUGAACGAGAUGGAGGUUCAGCUGAGCCACUCCAACCGCCAGGCAGCUGAAGCCCAGAAACAGCUUAGAAAUGUGCAGGGGCAGCUUAAGGAUGCACUACUGCACCUUGAUGAAGCGAUCAGAGGUCAGGAGGAAAUGAAGGAGCAGGUGGCCAUGGUGGAGCGCAGGAACAACCUGAUGGUGGCUGAGAUCGAGGAGCUCAGAGCUGCACUGGAGCAGACGGAGAGAGGCCGGAAAGUGGCUGAACAGGAGCUGAUUGAUGCCAGCGAGCGCGUGGGACUGCUGCACUCUCAGAACACCAGUCUCAUCAACACCAAGAAGAAGUUGGAGGCUGACCUCAUUCAGAUCCAGGGUGAAGUGGAGGAUUCUGUUCAGGAAGCAAGAAAUGCUGAAGAAAAGGCCAAGAAGGCCAUCACUGAUGCAGCCAUGAUGGCAGAGGAACUGAAGAAGGAGCAGGACACCAGCUCUCAUUUGGAGAGGAUGAAAAAGAACAUGGAGGUGACAGUGAAGGACCUGCAGAACCGCCUGGAUGAAGCUGAGAAUCUGGCCAUGAAGGGCGGCAAGAAGCAGCUCCAGAAACUGGAGGCUAGGGUGCGUGAGCUUGAGACUGAAGUUGAAGCCGAGCAGAGACGAGGAGCAGAGGCCAUCAAGGGUGUUCGGAAAUAUGAGAGAAGAGUGAAGGAGCUCACCUAUCAGACCGAAGAGGACAAGAAGAACGUCAUCAGACUACAGGAUCUGGUGGACAAGCUGCAGCUCAAAGUGAAGGCCUACAAGAGGCAGUCUGAGGAGUCUGAGGAGCAGGCCAACACCCACCUGUCCAGGUACAGGAAGGUUCAGCACGAGAUGGAGGAGGCUCAGGAGCGAGCCGACAUCGCAGAGUCUCAGGUCAACAAGCUGAGGGCCAAGAGUCGGGAACUUGGAAAAGGAAAAGAAGCUGAAGAAUAA